AUGACAAAAGCAUUACUAUCAUUAAAACCACCUGUGGAUUCUGAUCCUCGGUUAUUGAGCAAUAAAACAAAAGCUGUGAUUAUUUUCUGUUUAGGGUUAUGUGCAAGCACACCUGGUUUUGCAAGCACAAUUUAUUUCCCUGGUAUACCUUAUAUUACAGCUGAUUUAAAUGCACCCUCAAUUGCUACUACAUUAACAGCUGCUCUCUAUGCUUUAUUUAUGGGUAUUGCACCUAUCUUUUGGGCUUCUUUAUCUGAUUUUUAUCUUGUGAGACGCAUUCUUAUUUUACUGUCAAUCUUGAUUUUUGGUGCGGCCUCGCUUGGUUCGGCUUUUAUAAAUAAUAUAUGGGGUCUUGUCGUACUUCGGUGCAUUCAAGCAGUAGGUGCUUCUUGUGGGCAAUCUGUUGGAGGAGGUAAUGAUAUUUAUCCUGUUGAGCAACGAGGAGCAGCUUUUGGCAAGUUCUAUUUUGGCGUGUUUAUUGGCCCAUUAUUGGGUCCCAUUAUUGGUGGUUUCUUAAUCAUCAGCGACCUUACAUGGCGAGCUACUUUUUGGUUUUGCUUUGCUUUAGCUGUCAUGAUUUUCUUGAUUUUAUUCUUUCUUCUACCAGAGACAUAUCGUGAUGAUGAUCAAUUUGAUUUGAAUUUGUCUCUUGCAAAUGCCAAGCUUGCACCUAUCAAACGUCGUAUUAAUCCCAUUGGUCCUUUCCUUUUACUUCGACAUCCGUUUAUUUUCUUGUCUUCGUUUGUUUCUGCUAUUGCUUUUGGUUGCAUGUUUGCUGUAGAAACCAUUAUUCCUGAUUUGUACGAACAGCACUAUGGAUUUAAUUCAUGGAAAACAGGCCUAAGUUACCUUGGUGCUGGUGUAGGUAAUCUUUUGGGUUCUAUCUUGGGCGGCAUGUUAUCCGAUCGACUCUUAUUAAGAUCACGUCGUCUUCGUGGGGGUGCUUCUGUUGUAGAAGACCGUUUGACAGCUAAUUUAUGGCCUGCUUGUUUUAUUGUUAUUCCCUUUGGUCUAUUGUUGUUUGGCUGGACCAUUGAAAAGGGAAUGAGUUUUUGGGCACCUAUUGUUGGGUUCGGUAUCCAGACAUUUGGCAUGAACCAGAUCAUGACAGCCACCUCCGCUUAUAUUGUGGAUGCUAUGCCUGGUAAUGGUGCAUCUGCUUCUGCAGCCACCAAUUGUUUUCGUAUGGUAGUUGCGUGUAUCUUGACCAUUGUUGCAAAUCCUAUGGUCAAUACCUUAGGGCCAGGAUGGACUUGUGUCUUGUUGACAGGAUUGACCUAUGUGUCUUGUGUUUGUCUCGUGAUUCUUAAAUUCAAGGGUGCAGCCAUGCGAGAACAAAGUGGUUAUGGUGACCAGAAACAAUGA